AUGGCUUCCGUGUUGAGCACCGUCCAACGCUAUCUUUACAUCGGAAACGAUGUCCCUUUCUUCUUCGAUGUCACAGAACCCUUAGAUAUAGAGUUGGGCAAGAAAGUGUUUGCCCCGGUAGUAAAACCCCAGCCAUUAACACCCGCCGUGAAUGGUGCGUCAAAACGAUCGAAGAAAGUGCCAAAAUUAAAGAAUGUCGAACCAACACCGAAGGGAGAGCAAACGCGUGCUCCCGUGACAACGAUCCCGGUACCGCCGGUGCUUGCUUUGAUCAAAAAGGUACUCCGAAUUCAGACCGUCAGGCGGUUAGACGAAUGUUUGUUCGCGUUGGCGUACUGUAGCCGUGAACUGCCGACCGAAGAAGAACGCCACAGCGUGUACGCGGAGCUACCGGAAUUGCUCAGUGGUUCGCACGAGCUCUUUGAGUUUCUCGGAUACUACACGCGGCUUGCGACGCAAUCGGGAUACGCGGGGUUCGGUCAUGGACUGCGCGGUGCCAUUACGCGUUGGUAUGACAAGUUUGAGGCGCUGGAGCUGGCGGCGAUCGUUGCUAGUAGCAAUAGUGCUGCGGGAUGGUGUCAUGCCGAUGUUAUUCGAAAGACGCACCUGAAACUGGCCUGCCCUGCAAAACAGGCCGUAAUUGAUGCCGCCAUGAAACGCACCAGUCAGCUGACGAGCUAUGUAGCUGCUAGAUCCGCAGAGAAGAAAGAUCCCAAGAAAGCGAACGACAACGGGCCGAUCAUGGAUGCGCUCAACCGCUACCGUGAGCUAAGGGAAAUACGUUCAGCACCGAGCGCGGCGGAAACGGUGGAAUACAUCAAGCAGCAUGGCGCGAUCGCGUUUGAGUUGAUACCGAAGAAGUUUAGACGUUCGGCCAAAGUGUGGGAGACAUUAUUUCCCCAUCUAACCUACCGCGAGUUGCUAGCUGCAAUCUUGCCGAUGGUUGAGUUCGAGCUGCUGAAAGCCAAGGAAAGCCCCAUCACAAAGGCAUAUGUAAGCGCGUUGUCCGAUCGUCGUAAGGCUCUUGAGAAGGAGAAGAUCAAUGCGAUUGAAGUACACGAGAUAGUGCAGUUGUUCGGCAACCUUCGCCGGUACAAGAGCAAAAUCAAGGAAAAACAACAGCGAGAAAACAAAGGUGCGUACAUCAUUCCGCCAUUCGACGUUUUCAACAUGUUCGACGAGAUCGUAGAUUAUUCACUUUCACAUCACCCAAAAACUGGUGCACGAUACUAUAUCGCUCUCGACCUUCGCCGUGCUCAUCUAAAGAAGCAUGUUCUACGCAGUUGCAUAGUGAAGUGCAUCGAAGCUAGCAUUUUGAUGGCGUUUUCCAUCUUUAAGCGAGAGAAAAAAGUGACCGUUGUAGCGUUUUCUGAGGACGAGAAAACAUUGCGUCCGGUUGAGUUUCGCCAAGAUAUGACCUGGUCCCAGGCCCUGGAACAUGGCAAGGGCAUGGUGCUCCAAAAAACGAAAGCCAAGCUCACGAUGCCGAUUCAGAAUGCGCAGACCAACAAGCAGGAGGUGGAUGUAUUCAUCACCAUCACAGAUUCUUUGAUUCGCGUAAAUCCUCUUCGUUCAGCCCCAGCGGAAGCGCUGCAAGAGUACCGUAAAGCGAUGAACCUCAAUCUAACCAGAUACGUUGCUGUAUCACUUUGCUACCAUAAGCCUUCGCUGGAGUUCAACGAAAAUUCGCUGAAAACUGGAGGUAUUCUGGAGCUGAUUGGUUAUAAUGCCAGCAAUGCGAAGGUUAUUGAAGCAUUUGCAAAAAAUCUCUUCUUUUAA